CGUUUUCAUGUCAAGGCUACGCCCACUGUCGCAAAUUGGGGAUGUUUACUCAAAACGGUUUACGGCAACCGAUGCGAGGCGAAACAAUGCGACAGUUUUGUGGUCAACUUCAAUUUAAUGUGUCUUUUUCAGGCUGACUUUUGGAAGUGUACUGAAGGAUGGACCCCGUUGUGCUGAGCUACCAGGACAGCUUGCUUCGACACUCUGAUGUGUCACUACUGGAAGGACCCCAUUGGCUCAAUGACCAAAUCAUUGGAUUUGCCUUUGAGUACUUUGCUGGUGAGCGCUUUCGAGUCCUGGAGGAGAGCAUCAUCUUCAUCAGCCCAGAGGUCACUCAGUUUAUCAAGUGUGCUUCCAGCCCAGAGGAAUUAACCGUGUUCCUUGAGCCUCUGGAUCUAGCCUCACGUCGCUGGGUCUUCUUGGCUGUAAAUGACAACUCCAACCAGACUGCUGGGGGGUCUCAUUGGAGCCUGCUGGUGUACCACCAUAAUUCCAACCACUUUGCUCACUAUGACUCUCAACAUAGCAGCAACUCGAUGCAUGCACGGCGGAUUGCCAGUAAGUUAGAAACGGUGUUGGGUGCAGGAAGAAAAGCUUGGUUUGUGGAGGAGCCCAGCCCAACACAACACAACAGUUACGACUGCGGCAUGUAUGUCAUCUGUAUAGCCGAGGCUUUGUGCGAGAAGGUCCAGCUGGAGGGCUCGCCACACCUGCCUGUGCAAACCCUCACCCCAGCCUUUAUCACACAGAAGAGGGCGGACUGGUGCCUAUUGAUUCAGAGUCUUGCUCAGAGUGACUUAUGCUGCACUCUGUCUUUUCCUUAGGUCAGUGAGAGUACUGACGCGAUGCACUUCCUAAGUGGAAUAAAAACACAUUCUUUCAAGUACAUAGUAAUAUACAAUGGAAGAAAGCGAAUUGCUGAUGGUGAAGUCAGCUCUGUCAUGUUUUUCCUCUAAGGUAAGCACUGCAACACACGAUACACCAGCAUGCUACAAAAGGAAUGUGCUCCCUUGUCAAGAAGGAGAAGAUGUCAUCUGUCAUUUUGCUCCAUUUUAUGAGUUUGGAGCAAAUGCAGAAAUGGUUACUCACGUUAUUGCUCAGGGUUCUUUUCAAAUGAAAAAAAAAUGACAGCAUUGGUUAAUUGGAUAUUUGCUCAUUUUCGGUGGAAUACAGUUCUUAAUUUAUCAGUCAGGACUUGGACUUGAUGGCGGAUGGCGAAUGUUCUACAGUCGAACAGUGCAUUGUUGGAUUUCAUGUCCUUUUAAUAAAGCUCAAUGUCAGUGUGAGAAUUGUUUUGUAUUUAUUC